GCCGCCGAUCAAGCCGGUCAAAUAGGCGACGUAUCGGGGAACAGAUUGCAGAAAUAUGUUAGCUAGUAUCCAACAAGCAAAGGCGGUCCUGAAACAGGGACGAUGCAGGAUUUUCACGAUAGAAGAAAAGACUUUGCGACGAAACAUUAGCUUUGUUUUGAGAUGUGACAAUACCAGCCGGCGGUUCGAUAAAAUCGCCCAAACCGAAUGCCUUCUCCGUCAAUAACGAAAUAUUCGGCGAUCCACAAAAUGGGAAUGGGCAGACCUUUCUUCUGACCAUCGCGAAAGCGAGUAUAUCAUACAUUACCAUCGGGCCCGAAACCGGCUCUACCCUGGUCCCAUGUCCAAGGAAAUCUUUCGUUGUAAUUGAUCGUUUCUCUCGCGAGUGGCGUAUCUUCUUUCGCUUCACCUGUAAGGGAAAUAUCCAAUUAACAGGAUGUUGUCCGCUGCAGGAAGAAAUCAGCGAAUAAAGCUGAUGAACUAGGCUUCCGCAUAGUCGCCUAAGUUAGUUGGCAACAAUCGUGAAGAGCGAGGCUUCUAAAAAUCGAAUCAUACAAAUGUUGUUGCGAAUUUCUUCCACGAUUGAGAUAAGACCAUGAGUGAGGGAAAAACUUUGCCCCUCCUCUCGCGGAAUCAUUUAUCAUCGGUCAGUGUACAUAUAUCGUUUGACGAUCGCAACAAUCGGCAAUCGCAAGCCGAAUCUACAAUGAACCAACCGCACCAUCGUUUUUGUGAAUUGACCAAUACAAGUGGUCCGUUGUAGACCGGCUCACAAUUUAUCGAAUCUCCGAGGAGGAAGCUGAAACAGGCGGCGUUCGCGGGAUUCACCGUUUUUUAUCGUUGCUAUCAGGAGUCACGUUACGAAAACCUUCGCAUUUUCUUUCACAGUCUUUUACCGUCACUUCGGGUCAAUUUUAUUGUUAUUUGCGUUGUUAUUUUCUGCUUCGACCGUUACUUGGUAAUACACAAUGACGAAGUUACCACGUAUAACCAGAGCUUUGCGGAUGUUUACUUCGUUGGAACGUAACAGAGAAACAUUAGAACAAGAACCAAAUGACUUAUUAAGAAAGAGACAAGAGCGAGAACAAAAAUUAAAGAGCUCAUUUGAUUGGAAUGACAUAUGUAAAAGCGCAUCUAAGAAUCUUAAAACAUAUCUAUUAAUAAUGAGAGAAAUUGUGAGAGAAGUGUCAGGGGAUGCUCCGUCAGAUGUUGUAACUGAAUUUAUAGUUUAUGCAUUACGUUUAUUGAUUGAAGAAGAAGAGAUGACAUGGGAACUUUCAGAGAUACUUGCCGAAAAAUUAGAACUCAUGACGUUUUCAUCCGCACAGGAAAUUAUGAAGGUAGUUCAAGACAUUCAACGAUUCUGUGGCGAAGAAGCUAGAAAAUUAUUAUUAUCACUAGAUGGCAAGGAAAACAUGGACACUAAUGUUUCUAAUUCGUCGAUGUUCGGGACGACUAUUCCCUACAAUGAAGCAAGAGUUGUCUGGCCCGAUACCAACGGUCUUCACAAAAUGUCUGAGGAAAAGAUAAAUUCGAACACCGACAGAUUUACGAUGAUUCAUGAAACAAAGCCUCCGCAAAAUGCACAGAAAUCCGUAUUUGAUAAAACAACAUUUAUUGAUGGAUUAAAAGAUUGUUGUAAAAAAUGUAAUACAGAAAAGUCAUAUCAGGAUUUUGGAAUGGAAAUAGUGAAUAAGUUGAAAAAGAAUUCUCAGAAUAUACAGAAUGAACUAUUUGAUAUGUUAGGUUUCGAACAUGUGGACUUUAUUCAGUACAUUCUUGAACACCGGAAAACCAUCGUAUCAACAAUGAACUGCUCAAAAGUAAACAAGAGGUCCGCACAAACAACUGCGCAACAAGGCCCUAUUAUCAGCGGUCAAGUAACUGUACAGUCCGAAGAAGAAAAACAGUUGUGCAAGCAAGUGCGUAAAGAGGAAAAAAAAUUGAACAAACUGACCAACAAGCGAGACGGCAAAUCGACGGAAACUGAGGAUAAUGAAUUUGAUCGAAUUCAUCUGCAACGUAAGAAAAACGAGGCGAUCAUAGCUAUGCACACACCGUUAUUUCCUAAAAAAUCUAAUCUGGACAGUACCGAACAUUUUCCGUUUGUGUUUGAUUCCAAAGCGAAUGCUAAACAAAGCAGUUACGUGUCGGGAAAGAAAGUAAUGUUGGCCGAGGAUGUUAAGAGACAGGAUUGCGAUUACUAUGAAAAAGUUCACAUACCAAUACCGGAAAAAAAAGAUAUUGACAUUGAGGUCGAUCCCGUGUUGAUAUCCUCUCUGGACGAGAUUGGUCAGAUGGCAUUUAGUGGCAUGAAGUCGUUAAACAGAAUUCAAAGUAUAGUUUUCAACGUGGCGUACAACACCAACGAGAAUCUGUUGAUUUGCGCUCCGACCGGAGCUGGUAAAACGAACGUGGCGAUGCUGACCGUAGUGCAUCAGUUGAAACAGAACAUUCAGGACGGACUGUUGCAGAAAGAUCAGUUCAAAAUAAUAUACAUCGCGCCCAUGAAAGCCCUGGCGGCUGAAAUGACAGCGAAUUUUAACAAGAAACUCAGCUCUCUGGGGGUGUGCGUUCGCGAAUUGACCGGGGAUAUGCAACUUACGAAACAAGAGAUUCAACAGACGCAGAUGAUAGUGACCACGCCGGAAAAGUGGGACGUUGUCACGAGAAAGGGCACCGGCGAUAUUUCUCUCACCAGCAUCGUGAGAUUGCUCAUCAUCGACGAGGUGCACUUAUUGCACGGUGACAGAGGACCGGUGGUGGAAGCGCUGGUGGCGAGGACUCUGCGUCAAGUGGAGUCGUCGCAGAGCAUGAUCAGAAUAGUCGGUUUAUCAGCCACAUUGCCGAAUUACGUGGACGUUGCGCGAUUUCUGCGCGUCAAUCCCUCGAAGGGACUGUUUUACUUCGAUCAUCGCUUCCGUCCGGUGCCUCUCAGUCAGACCUUCAUCGGCGUCAAGGCCGUCAAACCGAUUCAACAGAUGAACGACAUGGAUCGCGUGUGUUACGAAAAUGUCGUGGAAAUGGUGCGACAGAAUCACCAAGUGAUGAUAUUCGUACACGCGCGAAACGCCACCCUGAGGAUGGCGAACAUUCUGAGAGAGCUGGCGACGAAGAACGACACGCUCAAAUAUUUUUUGUCUGACAACCAGACGAAGUACGUGAACAAAGCCUUCGUCAAGUCGCGCAACAAGCAUCUCGGCGAGUUGUUUAAUUGCGGAAUAUCGAUACAUCAUGCUGGCUUGCUGCGUUCGGACAGAAAUCUCGUUGAGAAAUAUUUCUCGGAGGGGUUGAUCAAGGUGUUAGUGUGUACUUCUACUUUGGCCUGGGGCGUGAAUCUACCCGCGCACGCAGUUAUCAUACGAGGGACGGAGAUCUACGAUUCGAAUCACGGUUCGUUCGUCGAUCUGGGCAUAUUAGACGUGUUACAGAUAUUCGGUCGUGCCGGCAGACCGCAGUUCGAUAAAUCGGGCCACGCGGUCAUCAUCACGUCGCACGACAAGUUGUCGCACUACUUGUCACUGCUGACGAAUCAAAUACCGAUCGAAAGUAGUUUCAUCACGUAUCUGGCGGAUAAUUUGAACGCCGAGAUAGUAUUGGGUACAAUAUCAAAUGUGGCGGAAGCAAUCGAAUGGCUGAGCUACACUUAUCUGUUUGUGCGAAUGAAGAAGAAUUUUCACGCUUACGGUUUGAUUUAUCAAACCCUCGUGGAAGAUCCCAAUCUCGAGAAGACACGAAAGGACCUCAUAGACAACGCCGCCAAGGCGCUGGACAAGGCGCGAAUGAUCAGAUACAUGCCUACCGGCGAUCUCAGCGCAACCGAUCUAGGCCGUAUCGCGAGUCACUAUUAUCUCAAGUACGACACAGUCGAAAUCUUCAACGAGCUGAUACAAUCCGUUAUGACUGAGGCGCAGAUUAUGACGGUGAUAUCCCGUGCUCAGGAAUUCCAGCAGCUUAAGGUGCGGGACGACGAGAUGAAUGAGCUGGACAAUUUGCUGAGAGAGUGUGAAUUAACACCGGAAGGCGGCGCGGAGAAUGUCCACGGCAAGGUCAAUAUAUUGAUGCAGACGUAUCUCUCCAGAAUUCGGGUGAACACGGCAUCGUUGAUAUCCGAUCAGGCAUACGUCACGCAGAACGCCAUGCGGAUAACCAGGGCGUUGUUCGAAAUAAUGCUCAGACAGAACAACGCGAUAAUGGCCGGACGACUGCUACGGAUGGCGAAGAUGUUCGAAGCGCAGCAGUGGGAAUUUUUUACGCCGCUUCGUCAGUUCGACUGUCUGUCUGCGGAAGUUAUCAAUAAGAUCGAGCAACGAGAACUAGAGAUCUAUAGGUUGCAAGAUAUGGACGUGAAGGAAAUUGGCAGCAUUCUGAGAGAUCAGAGGGCUGCGACAUUGGUGAAAAAGUGUUGCAACGAACUGCCCGUGCUGGACGUGGAAUACACUUUACAGCCCAUAACGCGUACCGUUUUGAGAAUACGACUCAAAAUGAUCCCGCAAUUUCAGUGGAACGACAAAAUUCACGGGAAGAACUCGCAGGCCUUCUGGAUUUGGAUUGAGGAUCCGGAUUCGAACUUCAUUUAUCAUCACGAAUAUUUUAUAUUAACGAGAAAGAUGAUUUAUCAGAAUCUCGAGCAAGAACUUGUCAUUACUAUACCGUUGACGGAACCGAUGCCAGCUCAGUAUUUGGUCCGAGUUACGAGCGAUCACUGGAUGGGCAGCGAGACCGAAUAUCCGUUGAGUUUUCGCGAUCUUAUCCUGCCGGAGACUCAUCCGCCGCAUACGGAUCUGCUGGAAUUGCAACCGUUACCGGUUACCGCUCUGAAGAAUUUGGCAUUUGAGAGUCUGUACAAUUUCACUCACUUCAAUCCAAUACAGACGCAGAUCUUUCAUUGCCUGUAUUACACGGACAGUAACGUUCUUCUCGGUGCGCCAACCGGAUCAGGAAAAACAAUCGCAGCCGAAAUCGCCAUGUUCCGUGUCUUCGCGAAUUAUCCCGAUCAAAAGGUCGUUUACAUAGCGCCCCUGAAAGCACUGGUCAGAGAACGCGUAAACGAUUGGAAGGUGCGACUCGAGGAACGUCUGGGCAAGAAGGUGGUGGAAUUAACCGGGGAUGUAUCGCCCGAUAUAAAGAUGAUCGCGGAAGCGAGAGUGAUCGUUACGACGCCCGAAAAGUGGGACGGUAUCAGUCGAAGCUGGCAAACGCGAAGAUACGUAAAGAACGUGGCGCUCAUAGUGAUCGACGAGAUUCAUCUGCUGGGCGAGGAUCGAGGACCAGUUCUCGAAGUUAUUAUCUCCCGAACCAAUUUCAUAUCGUCAAAUACGCAGAAAAAGGUCAGAAUUGUAGGACUCUCAACCGCACUAGCCAACGCGAUAGAUCUAGCCAAUUGGCUUGACAUCAAAGAGAUGGGUCUUUACAAUUUCCGCCCGUCUGUGAGACCUGUACCGUUGGAGGUUCACAUAAGCGGAUUUCCCGGCAAACAUUAUUGUCCCCGAAUGGCGACGAUGAACAGACCAACUUUCCAGGCGAUUAGACAACACGCGCCUACCAGUCCCUCCCUCGUGUUCGUAUCCUCCCGCAGACAAACGCGUUUGACCGCUUUGGAUUUAAUUGCGUAUCUCGCUGCGGAGGACAAUCCCAAGCAGUGGUUGCACAUGCCGGAAGAAGAAAUGAUGAACAUUCUUGAGAAUAUAAAAGACACGAAUCUGAAGCUCACGCUCGCUUUCGGAAUUGGUCUUCAUCAUGCUGGUCUGCAGGACAGAGACAGGAGAACGGUGGAGGAAUUGUUUGUCAAUAACAAGAUACAGGUACUGAUCACUACGGCCACAUUAGCGUGGGGUGUUAAUUUCCCCGCUCACUUGGUAGUGAUAAAAGGCACGGAGUAUUACGACGGCAAGUUGAAGCGUUACGUGGACAUGCCAAUAACCGACGUUCUCCAAAUGAUGGGUCGCGCUGGCAGACCGCAGUUCGAUGAUUCCGGUGUGGCUGUUGUCCUCGUGCACGACUUGAAGAAGAAUUUCUACAAGAAAUUCUUGUACGAACCGUUCCCGGUGGAAUCGAGUCUGAUGGCAGUGUUGCCCGAUCACAUCAACGCCGAGAUUGUCGCCGGCACUAUCAAGAACAAACAAGAAUUCCUCGAUUAUUUAACGUGGACGUAUUACUUCCGAAGAUUAAUGAAGAACCCGAAGUAUUACGAUCUGGAUGUGUUGGAGCCUCAGUUCGUCAACGAGUAUCUCUCGGAAUUGAUAGAAACCACUCUGAAAUCAUUAGUGGAGUCGCAUUGCGUUGAUUACGACGAGAACGAGCAAAUGUUGCUAUCACUGCCGAUGGGAAAGAUAGCGUCGUUCUACUAUUUGUCGCACAAAACGAUGCUGAUGUUCACACAGUCGUUGAAAGAGGACAUGACGCUGGACCAGUGUUUACAUAUACUUUGCAAUUCGCACGAGUACAAUGAAUUACCUGUGAGACACAACGAGGAAUUGUUAAAUGAAGAAUUAGCGAAAAUGUGCCGUUUUUCCGUGGAUCAGUACACUUACGAUUCUCCGCACACGAAAACAUUUCUAUUGCUACAAGCGCAUUUCUCGAGACUGCCUUUGCCGUGCACCGAUUACACCACUGAUCUGAAGUCCGUGCUCGAUCAAGCAAUCAGAAUUUUGCAGGCAAUGAUUGAUACGGUCGCCGAACGUGGAUGGUUAACGAGCACGAUUAGAAUAAUGCAACUGUUUCAAAUGAUCAUCCAGGCACGGUGGAUAGACGAAUCCGCUAUCAUGACGCUACCGCACGUAAGGAAAGAAGACUUGCAUCUGUUCUCGUCAUUGUCGUUGGCUCUGCCGAAGUUAUGUUCCAUCACGUGUGACGAUUAUAAGAGACUCGCAAAGACGUUGUGCAGAGAGUACGAGGAAAACCAAAUGCGCGAAAUACAUCAAGUUAUUCGGGAUAUGCCGGUAAUAUCCGUCAGUUUAAUGCUAGAGAGUUGCGACGACGACGAUGCCGAAAAAAGAAGAAUACACACGAAGCGUAACAAGGACAAUUUACUGAACGUUCGACAGAACGAGGACUAUACGUUAACCGUCGGAUUGAAAAGAAUAAACCAUUCUAAAACUCUGAAAGCGCAUUGUCCAAUGUUCUUGAAGGGAAAAGACGAAAGCUGGUUUUUGAUAUUGGGCGAUAUUCAGAGUAAAGAAUUGUUGGCUCUUAAAAGAGUGUCCGGUGUAAACAGUCAGCAGAGACAACAUCAGUUGCAAUUUACCGCACCGAAUACCUUGGGACCAAUGAGGUUAACGUUCUACUUGAUUUCCGAUUGUUACAUGGGACUGGAUCAACAAUACGACAUUUAUCUAAAUGUGGUGAGCAAUACCGAUCGUACAUUUGAGAUUGAACAGUAAAAGUAUUUAUAGAAGGUCGGUAUGUAUUUAUAAUCCGAUGUUAUAAUCAAGAUCGUCUAGAGUUCAUCUUAUGAUGAUGAUAUACCGGCGGUCUUGCAGGCCGCACACCGUCCGAAGAUGAACUUGAGACGAUCUUAGGUACAAGUAUUGGACUACCGAUCUAUACAAACAAAUUAUUUGACGAACUUUUUCAUAGUAAUAAUAUAGAGUACGACGUAAAAAAAAGAGAGGACUCUUGAAAACUUUGUUAAUAGUUAUUUACAUUUUAAACAGACAAAAAAAGUGAGAGUUGCCAUAGGAAUAUUAAAAUUGCGGAAUAUAUAAUUUAUGUCACACACAAACAUACAGAGGUUGUAUAUAUACAAAAACUUUAUUGUAUAUUUCU